UAGCCCCUUGGGCAGUUACUUCUGAGUCAUCAUGACCCCUCAGGCCCACCAGACCAAAUAGGCCAACAAUACCGACAAGUCCCACUCCGGAACAGAGGCCAAGCCCUGCAUCAUCCUUCCCAAAUCGGCCGAACAAACCCUCAUCAUGACCCUAAACAAACUCUCGACGGAACCCGAAUCUGGCAUUCCACCCGACCCCAAGCGACCCAAAAUAUACCAUGAUGCAAUAGUCAACGUAGGGAUCCAAAUUUUGUACCACAUUUGGCUGGCCGACCCACUGGCAACCGAGACAACCCAUGGCAAGCGCAAUGUGAGGCAGAUCAAGCACUGGACUCUCACAAGUGGCCCCCCAGAGAAACUCUACUGGGGAGGAGACCCGCGGAAUUACAGCUGGCAAGACAUCAAGCAAGAAAUCAUCGCAAAAGUCCUCCACCACUAUCCAGAAGUCGGUCACGAAAUGCGAACAAACGAUGACGCAGGCGAGCUAUUCUGGGAAGGUAUCAUAUCCACGCAAGGCCAGAUCCGCGAGAACGACGGCGAGUUCAUCUAUGGUCAUGGCGGCUGGACUCACUUUGCCCACAAGUCCGCCCGAUCACCCCCUUUUGAGAAGUUUAUAAUUCGUGUCUGCACCUUUGAACCGAAUAUGCCAACGGCCAAGCAGGAUGGCCUUAUCCGACAAAUGGUCCGAACACCCCACAUUGCGACCCUAUCUCAACCUGAACUACAGCAACAUUUUGAGGAUUGUCUCCGAGCACGAGCCAAGAUCGUUGAUGGUCAACCUGUUAUAUUCCGGAAAGUCGACUCCCAUCAGUACAUUCAACUGACCCCAUCUGUUGUCCAAGGAUGGGUCCAAGCAAUGUUGUUCCAACAUUCACCCGAUGUCGAUGAGUAUCACCCACCUCAAGGUCAUGAUUACAUCUGGCUAGGCGAUGACGGUGACCCCACUUCUCCCAGCUCAUCCAAUUUGGCCAGCGAUAAGCCUACCCCAUCAAUCACACCCAAACCCACUGUGGAUGGCCAACCACCCGCAUCGACCAUCAAGAGAUGCCCGGUAUUCAACCCAGAUCCGGAAUCCUUGGAAUAUCAUAUAUCUGAUAUGUUCUCAAGAGCCAGCGAUAACUUACAGCUACAUGAAUUCCUCAAGGUCGCUUGUAUCCCGGAAGAUGAUACCGAAACCCGACAACUCAUCAGUGACCUGAAGAUCACUCACUGGUCAUGGUUCAAACAUACCACAACCGAAACCCUCACAAGAAUCAAGUUCGCCCCGGGCCCAGCCAAAACCUUAGCCAUGGCUGCCGAAAGGCUUGAUACAUUUUCUAGCUGUCUUUUUCGCCUGUAG